AUCGUUCAAGCUCCAUCUCCCCCCCACACCCUGUGCUGUCUCUGCAACGCCUGUUUUAUCUCUCUCUUCUUCCACGACGAACAUAUAACUUAUCUCUGAUUUGAUCCCUUCCUCCUUCCACUCCCUGCCGUAUCGCCACAUCCCAUCCCAUCACCAUGCCUAGCGCCACGGGAGCGAACUGGGAGAAGUACAAGAAGAACUUCGCCGAUGAUGAAGAGCCAGAGAAGAAGAUAACUCCCCUCACCGAUGAGGACAUCCAAGUACUCAAGACCUACGGCGCCGCUCCCUACGCCACGGCAUUAAAGAAGCUCGAAAAGCAGAUCAAGGACAGACAAGCGAGUGUAAACGAGAAGAUUGGCGUCAAGGAAUCCGAUACCGGUCUUGCGCCUCCACACCUCUGGGAUGUUGCUGCGGAUCGGCAACGCAUGGCUGAGGAGCAACCGCUGCAGGUCGCUCGUUGCACAAAGAUUAUCCAAGACGAGAAGGACUCGGAGAAGAGCAAAUAUGUCAUCAACGUUAAGCAGAUCGCCAAGUUCGUCGUGAAUCUAGGGGAGCGCGUGAGUCCUACGGAUAUCGAGGAGGGCAUGAGAGUCGGUGUCGACCGCAAUAAGUACCAGAUUAUGCUCCCUCUCCCUCCUAAGAUCGACCCCAGCGUGACGAUGAUGACCGUGGAGGACAAGCCCGAUGUGACGUACGGUGACGUCGGAGGAUGCAAGGAACAGAUCGAGAAGCUGCGAGAAGUUGUUGAGAUGCCAUUGCUGUCACCAGAACGUUUUGUCAACCUCGGUAUCGACCCGCCAAAGGGUGCGCUACUCUACGGACCCCCCGGUACCGGUAAGACGCUUUGUGCACGAGCCGUGGCCAACCGAACCGAUGCCACGUUCAUUCGUGUCAUUGGUAGCGAGCUGGUGCAGAAGUAUGUUGGUGAGGGUGCCCGGAUGGUCCGCGAGCUCUUCGAGAUGGCCCGAACAAAGAAGGCGUGCAUUAUCUUCUUCGACGAAAUCGACGCGGUCGGCGGUGCUCGUUUCGACGACGGAGCGGGUGGUGAUAACGAAGUUCAACGUACCAUGCUGGAGUUGAUUACGCAGCUGGAUGGAUUCGACGCCCGUGGUAACAUCAAAGUCAUGUUCGCCACCAACCGACCGUCCACUCUGGAUCCUGCCCUGAUGCGUCCGGGUCGUAUCGACCGUAAGAUCGAGUUCUCCCUUCCGGAUGUUGAGGGCCGUGCCAACAUUCUCCGGAUCCACGCUAAGAGUAUGUCGGUGGAGCGUGACAUCCGCUGGGAGCUGAUCUCUCGACUGUGCCCGAACGCUACGGGAGCGGAGCUCCGCAGUGUUGCGACAGAGGCGGGCAUGUUUGCCAUUCGGGCGCGGCGGAAGGUGGCCACGGAGAAGGACUUCUUGGCCGCGGUGGACAAGGUCAUCAAGGGCAACCUGAAGUUCAACUCGACAGCGACGUACAUGCAGUAUAACUAGACGCGGUUACCCGCGGGGUAAUUGCAUGGCUGGAUGGAUGUAUAUGAUCAUACUUGACUUGGUGUUUCACAGUCUACGAUGGGCCUAUAAUAGGAUCGUUUAUUAUACAUGACAGUAAUGCUUGU